AUGCAAAAUCCAUCUGUAGUCCUGUACGGACCUCACAACGCCAAGGUCGAGGAAAAACCCAUACCAGAACUCGCAUCUCCCCAUGAUGUGCUCAUACGCAUCAACUAUGUGGGUGUAUGCGGCAGCGACGUCCACUUCUGGCACCACGGCGGCAUCGGCAAACUCGUCAACCCAACCACCGGUAUUGUAAUCGGGCACGAAGCCUCAGGCACCAUUGAAGCCGUAGGACCCCAAGUCACGCGCGUCCAGCCGGGCGACCGCGUCGCUAUCGAGCCCGGCACGCCGUGCCGUCUGUGCAAGCAGUGCAAAUCCGGUGUGUACAAUUUAUGCCGGAAGAUGCGGUUUGCGGCCGCGCCCGGCCCGCCUGAUACCCCAGGGACGCUGGCAAAAUACUUUGCCAUUGCCGAGGACUUUGUGUAUAAGAUCCCGGAUAGCAUGGGGCUGGAGGAAGCAGUGCUGGUGGAACCGCUGGCCGUCGCGGUGCAUGCGGUUAAGCUGGGGGAUGUGCAGCCUGGGGAGACGGUUGUGGUCAUGGGGAGCGGAACCAUUGGCUUGUUUUGUGCGGCCGUGGCGCGCCAGUUUGGUGCCCACCGUGUGAUUGUUGUUGAUAUUCUUGACAAGAAGUUGGAGUUUGCAAAGGGGUUUUUGGGCUGCGAGACAUUCAAGGCUGACAUGGAGAAGAGUGCAGAGGAAAAUGCCGAGACGUUACUAACGACCUUUGGGCUCGAGGAGGAGGGUACCGAUACCACUGGUGGGCGGGUUGACUCGGUUAUAGAGGCUUCGGGCGCGACAUCGAGUAUUGCGACUGGAAUUCAUGUCCUGCGGCCUGGCGGGAAAUUCGUCCAAACUGGGCUUGGCAAGCCGAAGAUUGAGUUUCCCAUGGUUGCAAUGGCUCAGAAAGAGCUCAUGAUGAGAGGAUGCUUCAGGUACGGGUCUGGCGAUUAUGAGUUGGCGAUCGGGAUGCUGGAAAAGGGGCUUGUUGAUGUAAAACCUCUAAUUAGCUCCGUGACUCCUUUCGAGCAGGCGUCUGAGGCGUGGGAAAAGACAUCAAGGGGCGAGGGGACCAAGAAUCUGAUUCGAGGCGUAGAUUAG